AAUAGCUUAGCGUUAUUACCCGUCAUUGGCGUGGCCACGGAGCGACUCCAUGCCCUUACUGAGCGCCAACGCUCUUGGAUCACUGAUUGAAUCAGCCGUAUCAACUCAAUGCCUUCUUCUUGGGCGAGCAGUUCAUGCCCAUAUAAUCAGAACUCUUGAACCCCCUUUUCCACCUUUCCUCUCCAACCAUCUCAUCAACCUCUACUCCAAACUCGACGCACUCGACUCAGCUCAACUCCUCCUCUCGCUCACCCCGACUCGUUACCGUUCUGUUGUCACCUGGACCGCUCUCAUUGCCGGCUCCGUCCAAACUGGUCAUUUUACCUCCGCGCUGUUACAUUUCUCUAACAUGCGCCGUGAGUGUGUUCAACCCAAUGACUUCACUUUCCCUUGCCUUUUUAAAGCUUCUGCGUUUUUGCAUUCCCCCGUUACUGGUCAACAGCUUCAUGCGCUGGCAUUGAAAACUAGCUUGAUUGAGGAUGUUUUUGUUGGGUGUAGCGCUUUUGACAUGUACAGUAAAACGGGUCUACGGGAAUAUGCGCGGAAGGUGUUUGAUGAAAUGCCGCAGCGGAAUAUAGCCACGUGGAAUGCACGUAUUUCUAAUUCCGUGCUUGACGGGAAGUCUUACGAUGCUGCUUUGAAGUUUAUUGAGCUCUUGCGAGUGGGCGAAGAGCCACCAAACUCGAUCACUUUUUGUGUGUUUUUGAAUGCUUGCUCGGAUGGUUUGUAUUUGAAGCUUGGGCGGCAGUUGCAUGGUUAUGUGAUUCGGCUUGGGUUUCGAUCUGAUGUCUCUGUUCUGAAUGGAUUGAUUGAUUUUUAUGGCAAAUGUCACGAGGUGAAGUAUUCGGAGCUGGUUUUCGAUGAGAUAAAUGAGCGAAAUGGUGUAUCAUGGUGCACCAUGUUGGCGGUGUAUGAACAGAACGAUAUAUGGGAGAAGGCUUUUAUGGUGUUCCUUAAGGCAAGGAAGGAAGAUAUUAAGCCAACUGAAUUUAUGAUUUCAAGUGCGCUUAGUGCUUGUGCAGGAAUGGCAGUGCUUGAGCUGGGGAGGUCUAUUCAUGGUCUUGCAGUAAAGGCUUGUAUCGAGAGUAACAUAUUUGUUGGCAGUGCACUUGUUGACAUGUAUGGGAAAUGUGGUAACAUAGAAGAUUGUGAGAGCGCGUUUUAUGAAAUGCCUGAGAGGAAUUUGAUAACUUGGAAUGCAGUAAUGGGUGGUUAUGCUCAUCAGGGGUACGCGGACAUGGCAUUGAAUUUGUUUGAGGAGAUGACAAGUGAAAGCCAUGACGUGGUGCCUAAUUUUGUGACAUUAGUUUGUGUAUUGACAGCUUGUAGUAGGGCUGGAACUGUUAAAAUAGGCAUGGAUAUCUUUGAAUCUAUGAGGAAAAAGUAUGGGAUUCAACCAGGGCCAGAGCAUUAUGCAUGUGUUGUCGAUAUGCUUGCAAGGGCUGGUUUGGUGGAACGUGCAUACGAGUUUAUCAAGAAAAUGCCUGUUCCACCAACAGUUUCAGUCUGGGGGGCUCUUUUAGGGGCUUGUAGAGUUUAUGGAAAACCUGAACUAGGGAAGGUUGCAGCUGACAAUUUGUUUCAACUUGAUCCAAAGGACUCUGGAAACCAUGUUAUUCUUUCAAAUAUGUUUGCAGCUGCUGGAAGGUGGGAGGAGGCUAAUCUCGUCAGGAAGGAGAUGAAGGACGUGGGCAUCAAGAAAGGGGCCGGAUUCAGUUGGAUAUCUGUAAAGAAUUCUGUCCAUAUUUUCCAAGCAAAGGAUACAAUUCAUGAGAGAUACCCAGAGAUUCAAGCAAUGCUGGCCAAGUUGAAGAGAGAUAUGAAAGCAGCAGGUUAUACUGCUGACACGAACUUUGCUCUGUAUGACUUAGAGGAAGAAGAAAAGGAAUCAGAAGUUUGGUACCAUAGUGAGAAGAUUGCACUUGCUUUUGGUCUCAUUGCUAUCGCUCCUGGAGUCCCUAUAAGGAUAACAAAAAAUCUGAGGGUUUGUGUGGAUUGCCAUAGUGCAAUAAAGUUCAUAUCGGGCAUUACUGGUAGAGAAAUUAUAGUAAGAGAUAACAACCGCUUUCAUUGUUUCAAGGACUACCAGUGCUCGUGCAGAGAUUAUUGGUGAAUCUAGUUUAGGUAUACCAGAGAAUUCUGGUGGCUUCCUUGCCAUUCUGCCACUGAUCCAGGCACUAAUUUACACUCAUGAUGUUGAGGUUGAGGGUCUGAACUAGAAGAUAUCACCUCCAUAAGUUUUCUUCACUGCCAAGGCGAAGCUGGAAUUGCAUACAAGGUCCAGCAUCCCCUGCUAGAGGCACGUUAAGGGCUUCACAAAUCUGAAACUCAAAACUACGUGUAAACUGGCAUUGCAGCACAAAACAGCUAUGCUAACAGGUUUUUUAGCGCCUCAAGCAUGAACCAUAUGAAUUCUUCCGGUUCUCUUGCAUGUUAUGUUAUUUUAUCUUCACGCUGAUGACAAAACAAUUGAAUGCAAGAAGAAGCUCCUGGUGCUGCCAGAGUACCUUAUGCAAGAAGAAGCUCCUGGUGCUGCCAGAGUACCUUAUGCAAGUUUAUGACAAUUUCAACAUGAAAACUUGUAUGGUGCUGCCAGAGUACAAGUUUACGACGAUUUCAACAUGAAAAACUUGUAUGGUACUCCUUGCUUGCAGUUGUGUUGUAGAUCCAUAUUCCUAGUACAUAUGCACAAACACACAGAAAGAUGAAGACGCAAAGUAAAAAAAAAAACUGAUUGAUAUCUUCCCAAACAGCAACUAUGCCUCAAUCCAAAAAAGUUGGUGUCAGCUAUAUGAAUCCUGACUGGCCUUGUCGCUCCGUUUAAGCGAGGACAUUUGGUCUGGUGGUAUGAUAUAUUUACUGACAAAUUUAGAUAAGUUAGUAUGAUAUUUUAGUUGUAAAGCUCUUAUGAAAAGAUCAUGAAUUGUUCCAUUGUUAUUA